AACCUUUUCGAGUGGUUCAUAAAAAAUUAACCAAAUCUCUCUCUCUCUCUCUCAGCGUCAAACUGAGUUUGUAAUGAUGGGCGGAGGAAGGGUGUACUGGGGGAAGAAGGAGAUGGACGAGGGAGGAUGUAACGGCGUGGUUGUGAUCUUCGGUUGGAGUUCGAUUAGCGACAACCAUCUCGCCAGUUUCGUUGAUCUCUACUCUUCUCUCCGAUGGAAUCCUCUUGUUUGUCGCGCUGAUUUUCUCACUGCGUUUUACCCAGAAAUGGCUCUCUCUCUAGCAUUCCACCUUCUUUCUGACCUUGUUGAGGAGCUAAGGAACAGACCAUGUCCUGUUAUCUUUCUAGCUUUAUCCGGCGCUCCAAAAGCCUGCAUGUACAAAGUCUUACAGGUGAUCAUGGGUGAUUGUGAAGCUCAGAUUCAUCCGGAUGAUAGCCAGUUGGUUAGAAACUGUCUUUCUGGACAUGUCUACGACUCUGGACCAUUGGAUUUCACUAGUGAUUUGAAUGCAAAGUUCGCUCUUCACCCCACCAUACGGCAAAUGUCUGUGCCUUCAAGAUUAGUAUCUUGGGUGGCCAAGGGGGUUUCUUCUGGGCUUGAUGGUUUAUAUCUCACAAGAUUUGAAUCUCAACGCAGUGAGUAUUGGCAGGCUCUCUACUCAUCUGUUGAAAUUGGAGCUCCAUAUCUCAUUUUAUGCUCCGAUGAUGACGAACUUGCUCCUCACCAAGUAAUUUCUAGCUUCACCCAUCAGUUGCAGGAACUGGGAGGAGAAGUUAAAGUUGUCAAGUGGAAAAACUCUCCCCAUGCAGGACACUAUAAGCAUAACCCUAUACAAUACCGAGCUGUUAUCUCCAACUUUCUAGAGAAGGCCAUAUCAGUGCACUUACAGAAAAUCCGACAGCUCGGAGAAAGAGCUCACACGCAUGAUGAGAUCUCUGAGUUAAUAUGCGACCUUCAGAAAGUAGCUGUGAACUCUAACCAAAGCUUAAGAAGAGUAGCAACUGGGCCAAGUGAUCACUUUUUCUUACCAAGCUCAGCACCGUAUCAAAGCAACAACAACAGCGAUGCAUCAUCGUCUUCACAAGAAGAACAGAGAGAAAGAUCUUCCUUCCGCCCACCCCAACCAACGAGCAUAAACGCUCACAGUGUGCUCGGGCAGUUCCUAUUUGACUCAUGUGUUCCGAAAAACAUCGAAGGCUGGGAUAUCAGAUUUGGUGGUUCUCUCAACGGGCAACCGUAUGCCACUUCUAGUUCCCGUAAAACCUCGAAUAUUGGUUUCAAGAAACGCAUCCUCCGGUCAAGAUUAUGAUGAACUUGGGUGGGAAGAACCACGUGGGAAAUAGUAGAGAUAUGUUUAGAUGAAGGAGAGGGUUGUAUAGAAUGCGGGAAGAUGUAAAUAGAGUGGCGGUUACUGCGACCUAUCAUACCUAAGAGUGAAUCUUUGAAAUGGUGCGAGUACAAGUAUCAGAAUAAGUCUGUAGAUAGACAUUUCUUGUACUUGCUGUGUUAAUAAAGUAUCUUAGCAAGAUUAAAUA